CCCUUCGGCGGCGCCGUUAGCCGCCGCGCUCCGCCCAUGGCCUCCGCGCUGGAGGACCCCGUCUUGAUCCGGUCUUUCCGGGGCCACCGAGCGGCGGUGACGGGUGUCGCGUUCAACGCAGAUGCCGCGGGGCUGGCUACCUCCUCCUUGGAUGGCCUUCUUAUGGUGUGGAAGCUGAAGGCACAGUCCAGAGCCUACAGAUUUGUAGGCCAUGAGGAAGCAGUGAGCAGUGUCCAGUUCUCCCCAGAUGGGCAGCUGCUGGCUUCGGCUUCUCGAGACCGCACUGUCAGGCUCUGGGUUCCUUGCAUCCAUGGAGAAUCCUCAGUCCUGAAAGGUCACACAGCAGCUGUUGGCUGUGUGAGCUUCUCCCAUGAUGGUCACUUUCUGGUUUCUGCAUCCAAUGAUAAGUCAAUAAAGGUCUGGAGCGUCCGCAGCCAGCGCCUUGCCUUCUCCCUCUUCCAGCACACUCACUGGGUUCGCUGUGCCAAGUUCUCACCUGAUGGAAGGCUGAUAGCAUCUUGCAGUGAAGAUAAAUCUGUUAGGAUCUGGGAUACAAGAAAUAAAACCUGUAUUGAUAACUUCUUAGAUUAUGGAGGGUUUACCAAUUAUGUGGAUUUCAACCCCAGUGGCACCUGUAUAGCCUGUGCAGGUUCCAACCACACAGUGAAGCUCUGGGAUAUGCGAAUGAAGAAGCUCCUGCAGCACUACAAAGUUCACACAGCAGGGGUUAAUUGUGUGGCAUUCCAUCCUUCUGGGAACUACCUCAUCACUGCUUCUACUGAUGGGACCAUGAAGAUUUUGGAUGUUUUAGAAGGGAGACUCAUUUACACUGUCCAUGGACACAAGGGCCCUGUACUCUGUGUGGCUUUUUCCAAAGGUGGUGAAAAAUUUGCCUCAGGUGGAGCAGAUGCCAAGGUGUUUCUGUGGAAAACAAACUUUGAUUCCUUUGAUUACAAAGAAGUUCUUAAACAUCACUUGAGAAGAACACAGCCUGAAGAACCUCCUCAUCUUCUUGAUGUUUACCCGAGGGCACCACAUCUCCAUGAUGGAAGAGUUGAGGCACUUCAGGUCAACCCUGCAUUUGAUGUGACCAACACACAAACACUUGAACCACCUGUCAUAGAGAUCAGAGCCUCUUCGUCUUUCAGUGCUCAGGAUGAUGUCAGCAGUGAAGAUCUGCAGUGUCCUCCUUCAGACUUGGCAGCAAGUUCCAAAAGGGAGUCAGAGGAUGAGAGCAAAUCAACUGUGCAAGAUGUGGACAAGCAAACAGACAUCUCCCCCUCCUUGGGCAAAGCUUUGGAGCACAUUGUGGAGCAGUUGGACAUUUUAACUCUGACUGUUUCAAUCCUGGAGCAACGUUUGACUUUGACUGAAGAUAAAUUGAAAGAGUGCUUAGAAAACCAGCAAAAAAUCUUACUUCAGGGAAGAGAGGAAGAAUAAAAGAGGAAAAAGGACCUGCAUUUCCACCAAGAACUAGUAAAGGUUAUUUAAUUGUGUUGUGCUGUAAGGGGAAAAAUGAAAUGCUCCCUUUUUAACAGGUUAGUGCAAUGGGAAGUGAGUGAAAACCACGAGGUGAUAGUUUUUAACUGUGGGUAGCAAGCAGAGGUUCUGCUUAUGGAGUUAAUAAAGUGAAUGAAAGGA